AUGAUUAAUCAAUUAGGUUUAAAUACAAGAAUUCCAUAUCAUUUCUUAUUUUAUUCAUUAGCUUUUGGUGGUUCUGCUUUUUAUUCAUUUAUUGUUUCACCAUUAGUUUUUAAAAAAUUAACAAGAGAAGAAUUUAGUAAUUUACAAAAUAAAGUAUUUCCAACAUAUUUUCAAGGUCAAAUCUUAUCACCAAUUAUAAUUGGUUUAACUACUCCUUUAAAAUGGUGUCCAUUUAGUCUUGGUUUAUUAGCUUUAAGUACAAUUGGUGGUACUUUAAAUUAUUUAUGGUUAUUACCAAAAUGUCAACAAAUUAAAGAAGAAAGAAAUAAAUAUUUAGCUGAUAAAUUAGGUGAUGAAAAUAGUGAAGGUUAUAAAGCUUUAUCAAAACAAUUUGGUAAAUAUCAUGGUAUUAGUACAUUGAUCAAUAUCAUUUCAAUCUUCUCAUUAGGUAUUUAUGGUGUCACAUUAGCUAAUGGUUUGACGAAAAUUGUCGCUUAA